AUGGGCGCUUUCUUCGAGACGAUCCCGCCCUCGCUAGUCGACUGGAUCCUGGCGCAGAAACUACUAUACAUCGCCUCAGCGCCGCUCUCGGGCGAAGGCUGCAUCAACGUGUCGCCCAAGGGAAUCACAGACCGUAACGGCGCCGGUCCAUUCUUCGGAGUCAUCAAGGAGCCGACGCUGGACAGCAGCGAAAAAGCCGUGAUCCGCAAGUUCUGGUACAUGGACCUGACGGGCUCGGGGAUCGAGACGACGUCGCACCUGCACGAGCCGGGCAACGGGCGCAUCACCGUCAUGCUGAACGCGUUCGAGGGCCCGCCGCGCAUCCUGCGCAUCUAUGGCAAGGGCACGGUCUUGGAGUACGGCACGCAGGCGUUCAAUGCGCUGGUGAAAAGUGAGGGUAUCAAGAUCAUCGCCGGCACCAGGAGUAUCAUUCUCGUCGAUAUCUUCCAGGUCGGCACCAGCUGUGGCUUUUCCGUCCCCACGUAUGAUUUCACGGGCUACCGCACCACGUUGCACGAGUUCUUUGAGAAGCGCGUCGCGGCCGAGGAGGCGGGCAAUCGCGCCGAUGGCAUUGAGCGAUACUGGGCGUUCAAAAACGCGUGGAGCAUGGAUGGCCUGCCCGGCAUGAAGCGCGGCGUGGAAACCGGCAAGACCGACGCCGUCAAGCCGAUCAAGAAAAUGGUCGGGCCACAUGCGCCGCUCGCGAAUGGACAGCUGCGGCCGAUCAAGGCGGCGUAUAGUGUUGGACAUUUGAUUCUUGUGGCUUUGCUCAGUUCGAUUUUCACGGGUGUGGCGAUCUUGCUUGUCCUGCUUUAUGGGCCGGGGGCGUCGAGGUCGAGGGCGAGUAAGAUCUGGUAG